GAGAAACUGGAGGAGGAGGCAGAGGAGGAGGAGAAGGAGGAGGAGAAGGAGGAGGAGGCGGAGGAGGAAAAGGAUGGGCCCUUUCCAUGGGCCAAGACUCCUACAGUACUUCCAGCUGCACAACCGGAGAUUAAGGAUCACAUCCCCCAAAAGGAUGAAGGUUGCGAGCUGUCAGGAGAACACAUGUUUAGUCUACAUGGUGUUGAGACCAUGUCACAUGACACAACAGCCCCAAGUAGACCACCUGCUCCAGUGCCCCGGCCAACUGGGGACCGUUCGGCAUCUGAUGACAUCAUCUUCGAUCUUCCCUGUUCCAUGGCAGUGGCUGGGGUUGUGCUGCGCCAUGCUUACAGGGUGGUGGAUAAGCUUUUGGAACAACAUUCUCCCAUGACAUACAAGUUUGGAAUCAGCCACAAUGCCGAGUGGCGCUGGUGCAACUCAAUCUACGGAUACGCAUUUUCUCGGGACAAAUGGACCAAAAUGUUGAUUCUUUACCAAAGUGAUGAGCCAUGGGGACCAUCGAUGUUGGAGGCGACCUGUUCCUCUGCUAUUCGUACGGCCAAAGACAUUGUGAGUGAUGUGGGCGAAGCUGCUGCCAAGAACUCGGGUGGGUUGUUGGAUUUGGCCCAGUGUACUGAGAGCCAUAGUGAAAGAGAUUGUCACAGGGUGCUGGUGAACAAAUUACACCUUUCACUGCCAAUUCCAUUCCACUAUUUGGAAAAAAACAAGAAGCUGAAAAUUCCAAUUUUCCGAGUGCAGGACUGGUUUCGUUUUUUACUGAACCACAAUUUGUGGCAUGUCACGACGGGUCUUCAAAACCCGAACCCUCCUAGAAGUGAGGCGCAGUGGGAGAAAUUUUGGUCUCUGUACAGGCAAGAAAAUGGAAACCACCAGAUCUUUGCCAGAGCUGAUUGGGGCGAGAUUGAUCUGCGGCGCACCGCUGCUAUCUUGGUGCACGGCGACGAAGGUCGAGGACGUCGCCGGCAAGCAUUUUUUGUAUGUUCUUUCCAUUCCAUUCUGGGAAAAGGAUCGAGUGUGGCAGAUCGAGGAUCCCAUCCUGAGGCAUCAUCGAAAAGACAGUAUUGCAAACUUUUGCCCAACUUCAAAGGCCAUUCCUACACCACUAGGUACCUCUUGUGCGCAAUGACAAAGGAUUCCUAUACGCAUCAAAAUGAUGACAUGUUCCACAAGGUGAUGGAUUACAUUUGCGAUGACCUGGAGUAUAUGGCCAGCACUGGAGUGGUUGAUCCACAUGGGAAGAGAUUUUGGGCAGUGAUGCUGCAUGUGGUCGGAGAUUGGCCAUGGUUGGCUAAGUGCGGCUCCUUCACAAGGAGCUUCAACAAUAUCCAGAAGAAGGCCGCGGCACGCAACAGGCAGCCGCCCAAAGGAAUUUGCCAUCAGUGUUGCGCAGGCAUGGAUGGCUACCCUUAUGAGCAGAUCCAGACUCGGAGGCCGCAAUGGCUUUCAACGGAGCAUCAAGUGAGCCCAUUUUGGAUGGAUCCGCCUUGGCUUCGCUUGCCACACAUUCCCAAUGAAGAAGCAUGCAUCUGGGCUUUCGAUUUGUUUCACAGUUUUCAUUUAGGAGCGGGCCGCAACCUGGUUGGCGGAGUUCUUGCCCUGUACUCCACACUGGAAGCUGGAAGAAGUGUGGACGAGCGCUUUGAGCUGCUGUCAGAUAGGUACAACAGUUGGACCAGAUCUGAGGGAAUCAGCGGGCUGAUCUCUCGCAUCACCAAGGAAAUCAUCCAAUGGCCCACAACAAGUUCUUUUCCAUGCGCUGGAUGGCACAAAGGAGCCAUCACAACUGUCAUGAUGAAGUGGAUCGUGAGCCGGUUCUUGUCAGAUGACUUGUCCGAGGAACCUCUCCUGCAAAUUGCUGGGGAAGGGGCCGUGGCCAUCAACGACUGCAUCACAAAGAUGUUUGCAAGCAAUGUGUUUCUAGAGCCCAGGGAGUCUGAAAUGAUUGGAGAGUUGACGCUUCGCUUUUUGAGGAGGUAUGCUUCACUUGCGGAGAAAGCGGCUUCACAGAAUCGACCCCUUUUCAAGAUCAUGCCGAAACAUCACGUGAUUCACAAGAUUGCACUCCGGCUGCUGCUGGCCUCUCGGGCUGGGGUUCACACGUUGAACCCCAUCUGCCUAUCUGUGCAGAUGGAUGAAGAUUUUAUAGGACGCCCCUCCCGUCUGUCCCGUCGUGUGACAGGACGGCGGGGGGGUGUCCAUGCAACGUGUUAUGGAGAGGUAUCUACAAUCUACAUACACCUACUAUGUUGA